CUGCAUCUCCCAUGAGUCUCCCAUGAGUCUCCCAUGAGUCACCCAGCAUCACUAGUUUUACUUUACAUGUUGUGAAACUCUGGUACCAAACAAGAUUGCUCAUCACCAUCCACAGAUUGAUCCACAGCUCUAUCCUUCACGAGUAGCAGAAAAGACAUUGCAUUCGUUUUCUCAGCAGAAUAAGCUGUUCUCCUCCAGACUGAAACUGGAGCUCAUUUCCCUGGAUCCACCAUGUCUGUUUUCUUCCUAAAGAGCGCAGCUUCCUAUUACCAUGGAUAAACAGGCCUCGGUGGUGUUUCGUAAUGUGGGGCAACUGUACUUCCCCCAAACCAGAGUGGAGUGCCACUACAGUCUGACCUCUGACCAUCAGUGGAGCAGCAGUGACUGGAUAGGGAUUUUCGAGGUGGGCUGUUCUUCAGUCAAACAGUAUCACACGUAUACAUGGGUUCUUGUCCCUGAAGGCUACACUGAGGGUACCAGUGUCAACUGCUGUGCACUUUUCCAGGCAUCCUACCUGCCCCGCCCCAGUGCUGCAGAGUAUCAGUUUAUAUAUGUGGAUAAGAUGGGAAAGGUGUGUGCCCGUAGUCGCACCUUCACGUUCCGUGCUCCCAAGCCGCUGGAGGAGCUGGAGACUCUGAAGGAGGAACAAGAGGAGGAGGACGGAGAGGAGGAGCUGCUCCUGGUCAUCCCCAGGGCCCAGCUGCUGCAGAGUCAGCUGGAGGAAAGCUGGAAAAAACAAGCGGAUAUACAGCAGACUCUUGACGUAGCAAAAGAGGAGAUGGAGAAUGAGAAAGAGAACAGCAGAAAAGCAAGGGAGGAGUGGGAACGUGAAAGAGAAGCAAUGAAGGAGGAGAUCUCAGAUUACAGAGACAACCUGAGACACAACAGUGACAUGUUGAAGAACAUGGAGGGAAAACACAAGGUACAGACAGCUCAGGCCACCACAUUUCUUGGGAAUGUGAAAUAUAGUCAGGAAAAUCUGACCUCUGAACUGAGUAAACUCAUGGCUGAAAAAGAUGAGAGUCUGCAGCGAAUCAGAGACCUGGAGGAGGACAUCAAGCUCCUGAAUGACAGGGAGAAAGACGAAAACGUGGAGCUGGAAAGGCUGAAGGAGAGAGUGAAGAAAACAUCCAGUCAAAUGAAACACGAUGAGGAAAAGAGAAAGUGUCUGCAGGUGGAGAACGAAACUUCUCUGGUGGAGGUACGAGGGCUGCAGGAGCGUCUGGAUGCCAGUGAGCAUGUGGCCGAGAGUCUGCGUAGGGAGCUGAGAGAUCUGGGCACCCGUCAGGGUCACACCCAGACCGAGCUGCAUCAAGCCCGGCUUCAGGUGGCCCAGCUCACCCUGCUGCUGUCAGAGGAGAACCUGGUCCUCAGGGAGGAGCGGGCCAACUGGGCUUUAGAGAGAGAGGCUUACAAACAUGUAGCAGAAACAGAUGCAAAGAAAUUACAAGAUCUGAGCUGGGAGGUGCAGAGGAAGGAGGAGUGGUUCCAAGAGGAGAGGAUGGAGAGGGAGAAACUCGAGGCAAAGCUUGGGCAAGAGAGAGAUUGCAAUCGAGUGCUGCUGAGUGAUGCUAAGAGAGAACUCCAAGAGCUGAAGGCCAGCAUGAGGAAGGCCCAGAAAGAGAGAGAGGAGCAGCAGGAGGACAAACAGGACCUGCUGGACUACAUCCAUCAGUUAGAGCAGAGGUUGGGGUCUGAGCCAGAAACUAAAUCAAAUGGGGAAAUUCACAAAUGCAACUCUCCCAGCUCUUCUUCUGAGGAUGAAGAGGAUGCUUCCCCCAGAUCAGUCUGUUUGCCUCUUUCCCUGUCCUCUCACCUGGAACGGCCCGACAGAGCUGAGCUCCUCGCUGAUGAGACACACAUCCAAAGCAAAGAGCACACACCAGCUUCUGACACACAGUUUGCAUUAUUUCCUGGUUUUGACUUUACCUCACGGGAUGUGACGCGUCAGCACUGUGAGCCCCAAGCUGGUGAAGGGAAGCAGCUGAUCCUAAAAGAACUCGUCGACCCCGUCCUGAGUGAGCUGGCCGACUCCCCCAUGUGGUAACAAAAAGAAAGAUGGACAGCAAGUUCCUUGUUUACCACUUCAAUGAAAGUUCAUGGAUGUCCUAAGAAAACCGUUGGGAUUAUUCUACUGUUGUUUUGUAGCUGUUCAUGUAGAAAUGACCUUCAUGAAGGUCAUAUUUAGAGUGCAGAGCUUUUAUCUCACGGCACAAAUUGUGUAAACCACAAAAUGUAAGUCUUAAGUGUCCAGAAUGUUGUUUACUAGUAUGGCUAAUGUUUUUAUUACUGUUUAAGGAUUAAUAAAACUCUUUAGACUUUCAUAUGCAGACACUAAUUGUCUAAAAAGAUCUUUCAGUUUAUUUUAGACUCAAUUUGUAAUCCCUAGAUUUCUUUUUAGUUGUUUUUUUUGCUGAUUAAUUGUUGCAACACUUUUGAGAAAAGUGUCGUUGAUGCCAUGAUUAGCUUGGAUUUAAUACAUCUUGUUUUGUUGGCAUAUCAGCCCAUAACCUCUCUGCAUGUGAGUGUGAAUCCUGAAACCGUGUCAAAAGUGUGUGUGUGUGUGUGUGUGUUAUAGUCAAGUGUGAAAUGUACUGUUGCAGCUCGUGGAGCACAGCGUCAGGUUGGACGAGCAUGAAAGUUAAUUUAUGAUACUUUUAUUUAUUGAUCUGUUGGGCUCUUUAAUAAUAUGUGAUGAUAAAUAAAUGUUGAUGGCAGUCUG